CUAAGUUUGAGGGAACGCCAUGGGAAGAGGAACGUUUGCGUUGAAUGGUUGUUGGGACUCGCGUGGAGCCUACCUUUUAUGCAAGUUAUGUUUUUAUUCUCAAAAUCUUUAUUGUAACGUUAAUGUAGCCUACUCUGGAAUAUUUUGUAGUAUUUUAUUUUAACUUGAAUUUGAAGCAGAUUGACUGGGUCAAUUUGCAGUGUGGACUUUGCACGGACAUAAACGAAGUUGUUCACAAAGGCUGGAAUUGGAACAGAAGGCUGGAAGUACACAGACAAUCUCAAAAAUGCAUUUGGUGGUCCGACGAUACAGGCCCUCCGACAAGGAUGCUGUGUUAACCCUGUUCUGUGAUGGCAUCUUGGAGCACAUCAACCCUUCGUUCUAUAACGCCAUUAGCAACCAUGUCAAUGUGGGCGUCGCCCUGUUCCUUUCUAUGGCUGGGUACAUGCUGGGAGGUGGGUCUACUCUCUGGGCCUUGCUGCCGGCUGGAGCCUGGGUAGGUCUGGUCUACUACUGCUGCAGCCAACUGUACGCUAGCUUCGUCAGAGAGAGGCUGCGCACGGACAUGCAGGACAUUCCAGGAUGCUACCUGAGCCACCCCGACAACUGCUUCUGGGUGGCUGAGACUGAGGUCAAUGGCUGGGUUGAGAUUUUAGGUAUGGUGGCCGUUGUGGCCAAAAAGGUGGUGGGAGGAAGAGACGGGGAGAUGAGCGGUGAACUAUUCAGGAUGAUUGUAUCGAGGAAGUGUCGUCGGACAGGACUCGGUUCCAGGAUGACCCAGACGGUUAUUGACUUUUGUAAAGAGCGAGGGUUCUCUAAGGUCAUCCUGGAAACCAGUUCCAUCCAGACUUCUGCAGUGGCCCUGUAUAAGAAACUGGGCUUCUCACACAUCCUGUCACACACCAAGACGUACUCUCCUGAAUGGAUGACAAUUAUAUCCCGAGUCACCAUUCUGAAGAUGGAAAAAGUCAUAUAGGCCUUCCCAUGAUUUUGUAUAGUAAGCGUUAAGACGUGCAACUUUUUUGUUCUGAAGCACAGAUUAGAUGUCUUUGAGACAAGAAUUAGAUGCAAUACCGUAGGCCUAUAUUAGUAACUAGAUCGAAUAAGCAAAGGUAUAAAUAUAAAAUAAAAUGGUAUAAUGUAGCC